AGCGAAAAAUGGCAGAAGAACGCGGUAGACCUCAAUACCGACCGAAUUGCAACGGACUUUCCAGUUAUUAUCGGGAACGCUUCGGAAGCCACUCACCAGAAGUCUACCUGAAUCUUCGAAUUUCCGGCUUCGAUGACCGUCUGGAACGGGAACAAAUCAAGCAAUAUCUGACACAAGAGCUCAAGAAAUAUGCUCCGUUUGAGAUAAAAGUGGUCAAAAACCCGGAAGAAGACGAACGCCUAGCCUACGUGAAUUUCGAGAGAAAUGAUUGUGCUCGGAAGGUCAGAUACACCUUAAUGGACCGUCUAAAAUCAGUGCUCGGCAAGCGUGUUCAAUGUGAUCCAGCUGGAAUUCUACGUGAUCAGGAGGGCAAAUACAUUCCGGAUCGAUUUAAUCGAGCUCAACACGGAGCCGACAGUAAACGAGAAGGCGGAAGUGGAAGCGGGAAUCGGGGCCGCCCGACUAAGGAACCAUCCACGUGGCGGCUAAAACAGGACGACGACGAGGCGACGAGGACGCUUUUCGUCGGAAAUAUGCCGUCGGAUGUGAAGGAACGAGAGAUUCGUCACGUUUUUGAGGAGCACGGGAAAGUGGAAGAAGUCGAUAUAAAGACGCCAAUCAAUACGGACGCCGCAUACGCUUUUGUCAUGUUUCAGACCGUCGAUCAAGCAAUCCAAGCAAAAGCCGAAGAACAAGACCGCCCGAUUCGUGCAGGCGGUUCCCGUAUGAAGAUCGGCUACGGUAAAAGCCAAGUCUCCCGCCGGCUCUUCGUCGGUGGCCUCGGCUCCUGGUGCGAUAAGGAGAUCCUUCAGAAAGCUUUCGGCGAGUUCGGCUUCGUAGAGAACAUUGACUACGAUCACGGACAACCGUACGCCUACGUUGUCUACGAGAACACUCACACAUCUCAAGAAGCAUGCCGGAGCCUCCGUGGAGCGUGUAUUUCGAAGGGAAAUCAUCCGAUUAUGGUGGAUUACGCCAAAGAUUUGACGGCGCAACCCGAAAAACAGCAAUUUAUGCGAAAACGCAGAGCCUCUAAAUCGCCCGUCGGAGCCAGCGCUGUCAGAACUCCGCCAGGAUCACCAAAGGAUGUUGUUAGGAAUUUUGCAGAGCUGGAGGAGGCCUAUGCGGCUACUUGGAGUGGAAAAAUGGCUCUGAAAAAGACUGAUUAUCCUGUGAAAUUCUAUAGAGUUUAUGGAGCAGAAAGACUGCCAGUUAAGCUGCUCCGAGAUGAGGAUGAUGUUCCGUUGAGAUUGCUAAUUACGCAAAGUGUUUCAGAUUGAGCCUUUCGUCUCAAAAUCUGCUCUUCGACAAGCUGGCAUCAUGUAGCUCCAAAGAGCUCAGUCUCGGAGUAAUUACUGGAAAAAAGGAACUCUCAGAUCUUCAACCUCUUGUUAAUUAUUUCACUAAUAAAGAAGCUGCAGGCGUUGUAACCGUACCCGGCGGCAUUCUCUACAUCUUCCCAUUCUGCGAAUUCGCCCUAAAACUGCUCGCCGAGUUCACACCACAAGUGAACGUUUUCAACGAGAAUUGCCCAUUCUUGCUCGGAGCUCUUGCCGUCCGGGCUCCUGGAACUCCAUAAGAUCUCCAUCCAAGAGCUUGUAAAUAACUCGAUUUAUACAAUUUAUUCUCACUUUUAUCACAUACAAAUUGAUAUUUAUAUUAUUGCAGUAAAAAUCUCCCCCAAUUUUUAUAAUAAAAAUCCGCUUAAU